UGCGCUUAGUCGUCCAAAAGUUCUAUUUUACAGUACUUCUGCGCUUUUGAUUGUCGUCACUGUAACCCUGCCUUGGAUCUCGAUUCCGACUGUAUCAGUAACAACUUGUUUUUCGCACUUACUGUGUGCCAGGGAUUGUGACAAGCGCCUUAUGUACGUUGUCUCAUUAACUUCUCACACCAACUUACUCAGACUCAAAAAAGGUCCGUCUAAUCCAGCCAGGAAAGGGUCUUCCAGCUCCAGACCCAUGUGACCCACUGUGCUCGCCUGCAGAUCCCAGGGUAAUCCACAUCUCAAAGUCCACAGCCUUCCAUGUCUGCAAGUUCCUCAGGAAAACAGCAGGCCCCUGACUGCCCCAGGCCAGUUCCUGUAGCUCCAGGUGGACCGUGCUCAAUGGAUCCAGAUCUGGUGAAUAUAAAAUGUCUCAUUCCGGCCAAGUAGCCACAUCCUGGAAGAGGUGGCUGAGGACUGGUCCCCUCCUGCCAGAGCCAGGCAUGGGCCCCUCAGAGGACCCCAGGGACCGAAGACAAGCCCUCAAAAACACCCCCGGCCUGGAGACCAGCUCUGGUGGAAAACAGGCCCACCCUCAGGCCAUCCUGAUGGUGCAUGUGACUUUUGUCAUCGACUGUGCCCGUGGGAAGCAGCUCUCCCUGGCAGCACCCACAGUGCUGCCCCAGGCCCUGGGUCCCGGCCAGGGCCCUGUCACCCCAUCAGUGAAGACCUAUAUUGUGUUCUGUGGGGGGAACCAGUCCCCAGUGACUCAGGGCACACUCCUGGAUGGGCAGAGCUUUGCUCAGCCCAAGGACUCCCCGAAACCCUGCAGAGGGGCUGAGGCCCCUACUUUCUGCCCCACCAACCCAUCCAGCCCCCAGGAAGUUCCUAAAGCCAAGGAGAGCCCCUGGAAGGUUGGGCCCACCAUGGCUUCACCUUAGUGGGUAGUCAAGGGCUCACUCAAAGCCCUGACCUCCUGUGUCUGUGGACAGGCCGAGUAGGGCGAGAUCCAGGGCCGACCUCCCUUCCCCAGCCAAGCAGGAGUCUGGUGCCUGCGCUGGGCCCACGAAAGGACCCCGGAACAGCACCCCUCUGUCCUUUAUCCCCUCUGCUAGGCUCUCAGCAGAGCCAGGGCCACCAUUGUGGCUUUUCUGGAGCACAUAUUCUUCGGGUGAGGAAUGGGAGCACUGAACAAAUAACAAAAUAAAAGUGACUCAGAACAGGACCAGUGUGAGGGGACAGGCCCUUCUGACAAGGUGCUUGGGAAAGGACUUGCUGAGCAGGCAACACUAGAGGCUGACCCGAGAGAUGGCAUCUGGUCCCAGGGAAAAUUGGGAUGGGGAUCAGGAAGGCACAGACACAGGCUAGGGGUGGCAGCAAGUGAUUGGGAAAUGAAGCCAGGCAUGGGGGCACACACCUGUAAUCCCAGCACUCGGAGCUGAGGCAGGAGGAUCAGCACAAGUUCAAGGCCAGCCUGGGCUACUCAGUGAGACCCUGUCUCAAAAAACAAAAAACAAAAAGGAAAGAGAUAGUCAGAAAUGACAUGGAAGACCAUAUUUGUCCAAAUAAAAGAAGAGAUUAUUUCUCAUUA